UUGUAUUCAUUGCUACAUCUCUCCAGAGGACAAUCAUACAACACUAAAAAAAUAAUUAAAUGUUUGAAGACGGAAGGCUCUAGUUUCUUCUUCUGUAAUUUUACCACAAGUGAUCCUGAAUUUCACAUCCAUGGCGCCCAGCUCUAAGCUUCACAUCGCUAUGUUUCCUUGGCUAGCCUUUGGUCACAUGAUCCCUUACUUGGAGCUCGCCAAGCUCAUAGCUCAAAAGGGUCACAAGGUCUCCUUCAUCUCCACUCCUCGAAACAUUGAUCACCUCCCCAGACUCCAUCCAAAUUUCGUUCCUCUUAUCACUUUUGUGAGGCUUCCAUUGCCUUGGGUCGACGGUCUCCCAGAAAAUGCCGAGGCCACCUCUGAUGUCCCAUAUGACACCGUCCAAUACCUUAAAAAGGCAUACGAUGGUCUCAAAGAACUCAUAACCAGAUUUCUUGAAACUUCAGAUCCGGAUUGGCUUCUUUAUGAUUUUGUUCCUUGCUGGCUUCCUGAAAUAGCUACUAGGCUUGGCAUUUCAAAUGCUUUCUUCAGUAUAUUCUUGGGGUCGACACUGAGUAUUGCGAAGCCACACUCUGCAAUUGAUGAUCGCAAAAAACCUGAAGAUUUCACUGUCCCGCCCAAGUGGGUUUCGUUCCCUACUAAGGUGACGUUUCGUCUAUAUGAGAUCUUAAGAGUCUUCGACUUCGUAACUGGCAAUACCUCUGAUGUUUCAGACAUGGAUCGUCUGCAAGAGGUAAUUAGAAGCUGCGAAAUGGUUGUUGUGAGGAGCUGCAUGGAGUUUGAACCAGAAUGGCUACAACUACUAGAGGACAUCCAUGGGAAACCGUUUAUACCAGUUGGUAUGCUUCCCACCACAGAAUAUGAUAACGAUGAGCAAAUAGACACGUGGAGGUCAAUCAAACAGUGGCUAGACAAACAGGAGAAAAGAUCUGUAGUGUAUGUAGCAUUUGGUAGUGAGGCGAAACCGAGCCAAGAAGAGCUUACUGAGAUUGCUCUUGGGUUAGAGUUAUCUGGGUUGCCAUUCUUUUGGGUGUUGAGAAUGCGUCGUGGCUUAGCUGAUACUGAGGUUCUGGAAUUACCAGAUGGGUUUGAGGAGCGAACCAAAGGACGUGGUGUGGUGUGCAUUAGUUGGGCUCCUCAGCUCAAGAUCUUAGCUCAUGACUCAGUUGGUGGUUUCUUGACUCACUCUGGGUGGAGCUCAGUUGUGGAGGCACUUCAACAUGAGAGAGCUCUUAUUCUCUUGACAUUCUUGGCGGACCAAGGUUUUAAUGCUAGGAUUUUGGAGGAGAAGAACAUGGGUUACCCAAUACCAAGGAACGAGUUUGAUGGAUAUUUCUCAAGGGACUCAGUAGCUGAGUCACUGAGAUUAGUAAUGGUGAAGGAAGAGGGUAAAAUUUACAGAGAAAAGGCCAAAGAAAUGAAAAGUUUGUUCGGAGAUAGGGAAAAACAAGACAAGUACGUGGACAAUUUUCUGGGUUACCUGCAAAGCCAUGGACGUCAAACAGAAUCCCAAGAAAGUUUGACAAGGUGAAUGGUGCCAGCCGAUUUUCUUUUAUCCAGUUGGACAAGUUAUAGCUAGGUCAUCCUCUCUGAUGCAGGAGAGCUUAUCCUUGUGUUUAACUUAUUUCCUACCUCGCGGGUUUACUAGCUAUUAUUUUCGUAUUUUGUAUUGUUAAAUUUGAAUUCUAGACCUCAACUUAUGUAGAAUAAUUUUACUUAACUUGAGAUUGUAAGAUUAAUUUUUUUAGAAUUGUAAACUUAUUAAUCUAUGUAUGUAGAAUGAGUGGAUGGAUGAUCAUGUUAGAUAAGGGAGUUAGACUCUCAUUUUAUCUUAUAUUGAGUUGUUGAUGAUUGUGAGGGAGAGUUGAGCUCCCCAUAUA